GCUAGCAGCUCCUCCUUUCUUGCCUUAGUCUCCAGUCCUCCAGUGUUCACAGGUGAGCUCACCAACGGCCACUGCUCACAAUGGAGGCCAUCAAGAAAAAGAUGCAGAUGCUGAAGUUGGACAAGGAGAAUGCUCUGGAUCGGGCAGAGCAAGCUGAAGCUGAGCAGAAACAGGCAGAAGAACGAAGUAAACAGCUGGAAGAUGAGCUGGCAGCCAUGCAGAAGAAGCUGAAGGGGACAGAAGAUGAGCUGGACAAGUAUUCUGAAGCUUUGAAGGAUGCCCAGGAGAAGCUGGAGCUGGCAGAGAAGAAAGCAGCCGAUGCUGAGGCUGAGGUGGCCUCCUUGAACCGUAGGAUCCAGCUGGUUGAAGAGGAGCUGGACCGCGCUCAAGAGCGCCUGGCCACUGCCCUGCAAAAGCUGGAGGAAGCCGAGAAAGCUGCUGAUGAGAGUGAGAGAGGUAUGAAGGUUAUUGAAAACCGAGCCUUAAAAGAUGAAGAAAAAAUGGAACUCCAGGAAAUCCAGCUCAAAGAAGCUAAGCACAUUGCAGAAGAGGCAGAUAGGAAGUAUGAAGAGGUGGCUCGUAAGCUGGUGAUUAUUGAGGGAGACUUGGAACGCACAGAGGAACGAGCUGAGCUGGCAGAGUCUAAGUGUUCUGAGCUGGAGGAGGAGCUGAAGAAUGUCACCAACAACCUCAAGUCUCUUGAGGCUCAGGCGGAGAAGUACUCUCAAAAAGAAGAUAAAUAUGAGGAAGAGAUAAAGAUUCUUACUGAUAAACUCAAGGAGGCAGAGACCCGUGCUGAGUUUGCUGAGAGAUCGGUAGCCAAGCUGGAAAAGACAAUUGAUGAUUUGGAAGAUGAGCUCUAUGCCCAGAAACUGAAGUACAAGGCCAUUAGCGAGGAGCUGGACCACGCCCUCAAUGACAUGACCUCUAUAUAACUAUCACCGUUUCUGCUCUGUUCUGGAUCUGCCCCCUUUCCUCGGGGAACCCAACGCCCCACUCUCGCUCUGGAUUCCAUUUGGGUCAGCCUGGCUGGUCCCCAAGGCAUUAGGAUGAGCGGGGGGCCACAAAGCAACUUAUGUAUUCUCUUCUACCCCUCACCCCAAAUUAAAAUGUUAAGCUGCUGGAAGCCUCAUGCCACCCUGCAUUUGUGUCAUUGACAAAGCUGCUGCUGUCCCUAAGAAGGAGCCUUGGGGGUAUGGUGUGGGGAGCAACUAUUGUAGGCUCUCCUUCCUCUGACUUACAUAAUCAAAGCCACUUUUGUGUGUGUCUAUUUUUUUCUUGACAUUUAAAUUCAACUGAUUGAGUCUAUCAGAGUGGUGGACUAGCAGAGGUCUCUUAGAAUAGGAGCUCGAGCCUUGUACUCAAGCUGAAUGAGAUCAUCGACCUUUACUACCAGGUUCUUAAAUCAUCCCGCCUGGAAUGUUUCAGUCUUCUCUUCAAGUUCUCCUCCUUUGAGAGACCAUUGAAAUGUCUCCCAGUACAUAAUUGUUUACCUUUUACCAGAGGUUCAAAUGGUGCAUCCGCAGAGUACCCAGUGGACCCAAAUAUAUUACCACAAAACUGAGUAAUUAUCCCAAGUCAAAGAAGAAUACAUAAUAGGUAAAAUUUUCAACAGUUUAAUGUUUUCUUUAAGCCCUUCUUGCAUAUUUGAGGCUUACUACCAUUUGCCUGCUAGUAUGUGCUAGUGGGAUGUAAGACAAGUGGUAAAUGAUUGUUAUUGGAAAAACUAAAAACAACCCGUCAUGUAUAUUUCAAAUAAUGUGCACAGGGUAGUAAUUUAUUACGUGCAUAAAUGUGAUAAAUUGUUGCUAGUAAAAUUGUUCCUAGUUUAUAUUAUGGAAUUACAUACUGACUUUUUGGAAAUCCUAUUCUAAUUUAUGUACAGAGAUGGUUUCAUCUGGAUAGGAUAGUCAUCGGUUGUACUUAUUUCAGCACCUAAGUGUUGAUCACUUAGUACUUUAGUUUCUCAUCAGGGUAUAUAUUUAAAACUUGCCUUUCUUUUAAACAGAUACAGCCAGGUAAAGAAAAUUUCCCUAAUUUAAAACUUUGGGUCUCAUUGAAUUCAGGUUUCUUUCUGUCCAUACUGUUUCUUUUUGCCACACAACCUUUACGAUUAAGGUAGAUUAAGGUACAGGUUAAGUUAUUAUUAAUUUAGGCUCAGGGUAUUAAGGUGGAGACAGAAACAAUCAAAGCUCGAGGUACCAUCCCUACUCUCAGAUUGCUCCAAAUCUAGAAGAGAGAAUGUAUAUUUAAAACUAAAGAUGAAGUGUGAUAAGUACUCCAAAUAAUAAAGUGUUGUGGGAGUUUGGUGGGGGAAAAGAUUGAUUGCAGUGGAGAUGAUUAGAAAAGUCUCAUGGAAGGAGGCACAAAAUAGGUACUUAAUAAACAUGUUAAAAUUUGC